CUCACUGCUCGCCGGCACCGCUUCCGCCAUCUCUCAGCCCUCUCGCCGCGAUGCCGCGGCCGCGGUCAGCGAGCCCCUCCAUAUGUGUACCCUCCCGUCACGGCAGGGCGCCGGACCGCUCGUCGGCGCCGUCUGCCUGCUGCCGCGGCUCUCGAAGUGCCGCUUGCACUCCUCCGUCGCCGCUGUGCUUGCGCGCCUGAGGUGGGCCGGAUCCGCGCCCGUCGCCGAUUACGUGGCCCGCGCACCCGACCACCUCGCUCCUCGCCCGGCGAGAUCUCGGUGGUCGCGGCGCUCCGCCGCUUCGCGGACCGCGGCCGCACCCUCGCCUGCACCAUCCACCAGCCGCGCGCCGAGACGUUCCGGCUCUUCCACCAGCUGCUGCUGGUCAAGGCGGGCGAGACAAUGUACUGCGGGCCGGUGGCGCAGGUGCCCGACUUUCUUCGCGGCUGCGGCGUGCCGUGCCCGCCGUCGGUGAACCCCGCCGAUGUGGUGGUCGACCUCACGCACACCAAGGAGGCGGACGCGGACGAGGACGGCGGCGAGGCGGUCGAUUUGGUGGCGCGCUUCGCAGAGUCGGACCUCCGGCGCGAGAUCGAGGCGGAGAUCGACUCGGUCGAGAUCGGCCGCCAUCCCGCGCUGGCGGACCUGGCGGCCCAGUCGCUCAAGGCGCCGCAGGAGGAGGAGGGGCGCGGCGGCUGCUGCGGCGGCGGCGGCGGCGGCGGCUACCCAAACCCGCUGCUGCACCAGGUCGGUGUGCUCGUGCGGAGGCAGUGGACGCUGGACCUGCGCGACUUUGGGUACAAGUUCACUUGGGUCCUCAACGGCUUCGUGCUCGCCCUCAACGCCUCCACGUACCUCCUCGUCGCGCAGCCGCCGCUCGACGCGCAGCCCGCCUCCGUCUACCGCGACGACAUGGGCUGCUCGGCGAGCCUCGGUAGCGGCGACGGGGUGCAGGGGUGCGUCUGCCACUUGGACAUGGCAGACAGCGCCGACGGCGGAUACACCGUGGCCGACGACGUGGCGGAGUGCGGCCAGGCGCUGGUGGCGCGCACCAACGUUGACUUUGCGCACCGCGGCUUCCUCUUCCUCGUCGUCAACGCGCUCUUCAUCAACGAGGCGGUCUUCGUCCCGACCAUCAUCGCCGACAAGCGCUUCUUCGCGCGCGAGCACGGAGCGAACGCCCGCUCUGCGAUGCAUCUCGCCACAUCUCCCCGCAUCUCCCCACACCUCCCCACACCUCGCCGCAUCCCCCCACAUCUCCCCACACCUCCCCACACCUCCCCACAUCUCGCCACAU